UUCCCGUCAACAAUGGACAUCAGCAAGAGCGCCAUCGACUCGUUCCAAUCACCGGAACGACUCGAGCUACUCAACGACAUCGAUAAUUUUCGCACAAGUGGCCUUCAGAACCUCCCUCAGAUCGUGGUAUGUGGAGAUACAAGCAGCGGCAAAUCGUCCGUACUGGGAGCAUUGUCCGGAAUUGAGUUUCCGGUGUCUGGUACCAUCUGUACGAGGUUUGCCACGGAAAUCUCUUUGAGAUAUUCUGCUGCAGAAACCAUUACCGGCCAUGCCUUUAUCACUCCCUAUGCCAAAAACCCGUCCAAAAGCCACGGGACUGCAGUUGAACCAUUCAAGCGAGACAUCACCAGUCUCGAUGCUAUUCCCGCUCUGAUGAAUGACGCGAGGAAGAAGAUGGGUCUCGCAGAAGCGUCAGGGAUAAGUCGAGACGUCUUGCACCUAAGACUUGACGGAAAACAACUCCCAAACCUCACACUUGUAGAUUUGCCAGGCCUCAUCCAUUCAUCUGCGAACACCGAUGAUAUUGACAUGGUUAGAGAUCUUAUCCAGGAUUAUUUUAAACAAGAGCAAAGCAUCAUAUUGAUAGUUGUUUCGGCGGAAAACCCCACCCAGAAUCAAGGCAUCCUCGAUUAUUCACGAAAAUUCGACCCUAAGGGCACCCGUAGUAUUGGGGUUCUCACCAAACCUGAUGCUUUGGAACGUCCUGAUAAAUCCAGCUUGAAACCGGAGAUGAUGCAGCUGGCAAGAAAUCAACAUCCAACAUACAGAUUCACACGUGGCUGGCACGUUGUCAGGUGCUUGAAUGAUAAAGAACGGGCAGACGGGGUGGAUCGGGAUCUCAUCGAGAGUACCCUAUUCCGUCGGGAGCAAUGGAAAAACAUCUUUCACCCUAACAAACUUGGCAUUAAAUCAUUGCGAACGAUUCUAUGCAAAUAUCUCCAUGAGCACAUACUUCAAGUUCUCCCAAGUCUUCAGACAUCUUUGGAAAAGGGCAUAGAAGACGCCAAGUCUUCUUUGGAGAGACUAGGUGAUCCUCGAUCGAGUUUAGAGGAGCGCAAGGGCUACCUCAGUCGGAUCAGCAAACGUUAUGGCGAGCUUGUCAGAGAUGCUCUGGAAGGCAAUUACAGUGAUGCCUUCUUCAGAGACGGCGACUCGCCCACGAGACUGAGGGCAAAGACAAUGGCAUUGACUGAUGAAUAUGACCAGUCGAUGCGCACAAAAGGUCAUUGGUUUGAUGCGCUCGAAGCGAAGCACCAAAUCUGGGAUGGUCGCUCCAAUCGGCCGGAACAAAUCACUCAAUCAGAUGCUCUGCGCAAAGUCGGGGAGCUGCUAGAAACUUACAGGGGCCCGGAGCUGUCAUUUCUUUUCAACCCACGUCUCGUUGCUGAGCUUUUUAAAGAGCAAUCGGCGGGAUGGGAAUCGCUUACCUCAAAAUAUAUCAGGGACAUAAACGACGCGGUGCGUCGUUUUCUGAACAUGGUUAUCGACUUCAUUUGUCCAUCCACAGGAGACACGGCUAAGCUCGUCUUUCAACACUUUAUUCAGGAUACUUUGGAAGCUUGUCAGGGCAAUCUUGAUUCAAAAACUAGGGAACUUUUGAGCCCCUAUACGACGUCGUUCCUCUUCUCCACCAAGAAGCGCCUUCAGACGAGUCUUCAGAAAAUUGAGCACCAAUACCUUCAAAAAGAUAAAGCUGGUACAACCGCACAACCGCAGCAGCUACUGGGCCUUAAAUCACGGGUUCGGACCAGGAUACUCGGGUCAAAUUGCUCCAAUAUUCUGGAGCAUAUUAUGAUGUUGCAAUUGAAACAUUCAUCGACAAUGUUGUUCUUCUUGGCGUUGAGGCAUGCCUACUUUCGAAACUUGAAGCUAUCUUCACAUCGGAAAUGGUCAUACAUAUGAAAGAAGAUAAAGUGGAUCUUGUAGGAGGCGAGUCAGUAGACAUGCAAAACGAGCGAGAAACCCUGAACGCUCAAUUGAAAACUCUUGAGUUGUCUCUCAAGAGGUGUCGGAGGCAUACCGGCAGAAUUGAUCAGAGCAAAGUC